UGAUUAUUGAUAUGUUAGGUGCCUAGGCAUUAUGUACUACGCCGUAGGCAUUAUGUACUGCGCCGUAGGUAACAUUGAUCCUUGAAAGUCAAGUAUAAAAGCCCUGUAAUCCGCCGUCUUGCUUCAUAACUAUGGAGUAGAGAGUAGAUAGCCCUGGUAGUCACACUGUUAAUUGUAUUACAAGUCAAUAUCAACAACAUUAGUCAGCAUGACAGUCACAGAAUUGGCCUUUUUUGUCGGCGCUUCAGGCCCAGUCACAGCGGAGGGGACGGAGGUCAUAAACCAGGCAAUCGAGGUUCAAACUGAAUGGUCCACUCGCAAUGCUCCGUCGAUGCCCCAAGGAAGAGAAAACCGCGGCGUCAGUUUCCUCCAGCAAAUCGAGGACCCAUCCGUCUAUCUCCUGACAGCACACUGGGCAUCUGUUGAGGAGCACAACCUUUGCAUUGCGGCUCCCGAAAACCGUGAAACUCUUUCUAAGAUUCCGCCCUAUUUCCAGGUCGAUAAGAUCGUCUACUUUCACUUGAAAGAUGUCGCCAUAAAUAGUACGUCGGGUAAAAAUGGCGAGAUCUCUAUACUGCAGAGCCCUAUUAUCAGUGUAGGACGACUUACCAUCGCGGCUGAGAAGCGGCAAGCAUUUGAGCAAGCUUGGAACGAAGUUAAAGGCAUCCUGGAAGAAUUCGUGAAACCAAACGUGGUCAAAAAUGGUUGGCGCCUCGAAAAGGAGAAUGAAACUACGGAGGAAUUUGUUUUGGUCGCUGGCUGGCCAAAUCUUGAGAAAUAUCGAGAUUUUGCGCAAGCCAAGGAUUUCGAGAGGUACCAAUCAGUCUUGGCGUCCUUUGCGCAAACUCGCGACCUGAAGUGUUACCGAAGAAUCCUGUGAAAGUAUCCACGGAUCCAUCAUAUGCUAGGAAGUCAUAGAGACAUAUAUAGAGACAGAUAUGUCUCUUCGGAGCAAUGCCUCUCAAUCUCAAAAU